AUGGUAAAAGAUCGUAGUAAGACUAGAAAGCAGAAUUGUGAUACAUCUACAAGCACUCUGACUGACAACUGUGAUCUGCGACCUUGGUCAGAUCUUAGCCAUGAUGUGCUUUAUUUAGUUACGAUAAAACUUGGAGUUGUUGAUUGCAUUUCAUUCAGUGGAGUUUGCAAGUCAUGGAGGUCAUUCACACUAUUUAAGAAGAAAAAGUUUAUGGCUUCCAAACCACGCAUGUUGAUAUGGAUCUCUGCUUAUGCUCAUGAGAAAAACUACUGUUACCUAGCGGAUGUUGAAGAAAGAGUUUUCAGAACCAGCCUUCCCCAUUUUCGUGGGAGGACGUGUGUUAGAUCAACUUGUGGUUACUUGAUCAUAUUGUGGAAGGAAACAAAAGACUUAUGUCUUGUGAAUCCUAUCACAAGGCAUCAAAUUCAUUUCCAUAAUGUCUAUUUUUGUGUUGAUGCUAAUUGCAAAAUAGGAGUUAGGGCGAUCCUUGUGUUUUCACCUACAAUAUUUGGGUAG